AUGGUGCAGCAGCAGCUGCAGCAGCCGCUGCAGCAGCAGCAGCAUCAGCUGCUGCAGCAGCAGCGGCAGCCGCACCUUGUGCAGCAGCAGCUUUCAUUUGCUACUGCUGGAGCAACUGCUGCUAUCCCUCCUUCAACGUUUUACCCUCAGCGUUCUGCUUCUGCUGCAGCAGCAGCAGCAGCAGCAGGUGGUGCUGCUCAAUCUGUCAAGGGCCGGUCUCCUCCAAGGACUUCAUCAUCAUCAUCUUCAUCAGCAGCAGCAGCAGCAGCAGCAGCAGGAGACACUGCAUUUCGCUUCGGAAAGUUUGCUGGGAAGACAUUUGCUUUUGUUGCUGCAGCAGACAGCAGCUACUGCAAGUGGGCACAAAGCCUUCCUGACCCCAAGGGGCAGCUUGCUGCUUUCGUUGCCUACCUGCAGCAGCAGCAGCAGCAGCAGCAGCAGCAGCAUCAGGGUGACGGCCAGCAGCAGCAGCAGCAGCAAAGGCAGCUCACGCUACAGCUGUCGCCUAAUAAGACGAUUCGUUUAGCUGCAGACGGCGCUCUUGUAGCGCAGCCAGCAGCAGCAGCAGCAGCAGCAACGGUGACUGCAGCGGAAGCAAAUGCAGCACCGCAGCAGCAAAACGUUUUAAACCCUUGCGUGCCUUCUGCCUUGGAUUCAGUCGCACCUACUGCUGCUGCUGCUGCUGCUGCUGCUGCUGCUACGCACUCAGAAGUUGAGGAUUUCGCCAGUGACUUCGACUUCGAUAUAAGCGCACUGCAGGAAAAGCCGGAUGGUGCUGCCGCCGCAGCUGCUGCUGGUGCUGCUGCAGCUGCUGCUGGAAGUACACCUCCAGGAGCAGACAGGGAGCAGCAGCAGCAGCAGCUGUCGCAGCAGCAGCAGCAGCAACAGCUUCCAAGAGAUGCGCUGCAGUUCAUGGAUGGCCUGCGCUUUGGGGUUGCGCCUGCAUGCAGCAGCAGCAGCAGCAACAGCAGCAGCAGCAGCAGCAGCAGCACGCCCUUUUCGCGUGUUCUCCCAUUCAGUAAGAACGGCGGAGCGACCGAAGCAGCAGCCCGUGCUGCAGCAGCCCUGUCACCAGCAGCAGCAGCAGCAGCAGCAAGUAUUUGCCCGACGCUGCACGUAGACGCUACGAUAUCUCUCGAGGUUUGCGGAGAGGAGUCCUUUAGGGUGGUGGCGCUGCAGCAGCAGCAGCAGCAGCAACAAACGAAGAAGCAUGGGGCUUCAAGCAGCAGCAACAAAGGCGCUGUCUGGAGCCCUUUGCUGCCACGGCCAGUCGGGGACUAUCUGCAGGCUCUUAAAGCUGGAUGGGCUGCGGCGGAGAAGGACACACACGCAACACUCGGCAGCAGCAGCAGCAACAGCAGCAGCAGCAGCAGCAACAGCAAGUUGAGCAGCAGCUGCGGCAGCGCAGUAGACCCAGGUCCCUUCAACGCCUCUCGUUAUUCUCAAAGUUUUACCUUCACUGCUUUGGAGCCUAUCCCUUCCUUCGUGCUGCGGGCUUUUGCUGCUUUUCAACAGUUUGCUGCUGCUGCUGCUGUCCCCAAGAAGACGGCGCUGGUGCUGCUGCGGCAUAAACUGCCUCCUCCUCCGCAGCUGCUAAGCCUGCAGCAGCAGCAGCAGCAGCAGAAGCACCAGCAGGACAAGCAGGAACAGCAGCAUGAAGGGGCAGCAAGUGCAGCAGCGCCUGAUGCUUCAGGAGCAGCAGCAGCAACAGCAGCAGCAGCAGCAGGAUCAUCUGCUGUUGCUGAACCACCUUCCAGUGCAGGAGCAGCAGAUUCAUCAUCAGCACCAACAGGAGCAGCAGCAGCAGCAUCAGGGGCGCUCUCAGCCGCAUCCGCAGCAGGAACAGCAACAACAGCAGGAACAGCAGCAGCAGCAGCAGCAGCAGCAGGAACAGCAGCAGCAGCAGCAGCAGUUGAUGCUUCUCUGUUUGCUUCACUGCGAGACUUUCAAAAAGAAGGCGUCGCCUUCGGCCUCCACCGCCACGGCCGCGUUUUAAUUGGAGAUGAAAUGGGGCUAGGAAAAACCAUCCAGGUAAAUGCAUUAGCUAGCUAG